GCCUGAGAACCGUAAUAUGGCGUGGAGGAGGAGGAGAAGGCGGUGGUGGACUCUCAGUACCAGUUGAGCCAUUUGCUUCCUGAAGAGGUCCGGAGUGAAGGAAGAGAAGCUGACGGGGCUGUGAAGGACCAGUGUAAUUGUGGGAAAAUGGAGGAGUAUGAGAAGUUCUGUGAGAAAAGUCUUGCUAGAAUCCAAGAAGCAUCACUAUCCAGGGAGAACUUUCUACCUGCCCAAUCUGAAAGCAUCUCACUAAUUUGCUUCCAUGGAGUGGCUGUCCUUUCUCCACUGCUUAACAUUGAGAGAAGAAAGGAAAUGCAACAAGAAAAGCAAAAAGCACUUGAUGUGGAAGCAAGAAAGCAGGUUAAUAGGAAGAAAGCUUUAUUGACUCGUGUCCAGGAAAUUCUUGAAAAUGUUCAGGUUAGAAAAGCACCUAAUGCCAGUGAUUUUGAUCAGUGGGAGACUGAAACAGUUUACUCUAAUUCAGAAGUCACAAACUUGAAUGUUCCUGCUACAUUUCCAGAUAGGUUGCCAAGUCCUACUGAACACUUGACUUCAGCAAAGCUUGAAAAUAUAACUAGAAUAUUGCCUCUGGAUGAGGACCAAUUUAAAUCUAAUGGAGUAGAUUUAGGUAGUGACUCAGAAGGAUUUAGUUCUGUCACGCAAUGUAAUAGUUCAGAUAUUAGCCAUGCAGAAAAUGAAGCUUCUCCAAAGCCUUCUUUAGCAACCCCACAAGAGAUUCUAAUUUCUGAUCAUCUCUUCCCCAAAAGUGAAGAACAGGAUUUAUCACUUUUGGAAGAAGUCAAUCCCGAUCCCUACAUAAUGAGUCUUCAAAACCUUAUGAAAAAGUCAAAGGAAUAUAUAGAAAGAGAACAAUCUAGACGCAGUUUGAGAAGCAGUGCAAAGACAAGUUUUAAUGAGAGUCAUUCAGACAAAGAAAAUGAUGCUGUUAAAGUGACUGACUAUGUAAAGGAGACAGCCCAUUUGGUAGGCAAACACUGUGGCUCAGUUAUUCCUGACAAACCAAGCCUUAAUAAAUCAAAUAUUCUUCUCCAGGGUGCUUCUACUCAAGCAAGCAGCAUGAAUACAUCCAUUUUAGCUAGCUUUUCUAAAGUCGACAUACCUGUACGAACUGGCCAUCCCAUUGUUUUAGAUUCUGAUUCUGAUUUUAAAGUCAUUCCUACUCUUAUUCCUGAAAGUAAUGUUAUCAAAAGUCUUACUGGUUCUUAUGCCAAAUUACCUAGUCCAGAGCCAAGCAUGAGUCCUAAAAUGCAUCGAAGACGUUCUAGGCCAUCAUCAGCAUGUCAUAUACUUAUAAACAACCCAAUAAAUGCCUGUGAAUUAAGCCCUAAGGGAAAAGAGCAGGCAGCAGACUUAGUUGUUCAAGAUACUGAUGAGAAAACAAACAUACUUAAAACUGUGCCAAAGUUACCAGUUGAUUUAACAGGAGGUUGUUCAAACAAGGUUUAUGGCAGCAUAAAUACAUCUGAACCCAAAGAAGAAAUAGCUUUAAGUAAAUCAAAUCAAGUAUGUCAAUCUUCAGGAAAUGAAUUAGAAAAUAAAAUUAUUCAUGGACUUGCUUCUGUGGAAGUACAGGUGACAUCUGACGGGAGAGGACCACACAAAAUGGACAGUACUUGUACUGCAGUGCCAAGAUUGCAUGAACCAUAUGGCACCAGUCAGUGUACAGCAAGUCAAAACUUUGGAGUGGUGAGUGGACUUAAGUCAGCCAGUAUGCUAGAGAAAAGCUCCUGCAAUUUACAAAUGGAACUGAAUAAGUCUUAUGAUGUAAAGAACCCAUCUCCUUUACUGAUGCAAAACCAGAAUAAUAGACAGCAGAUGGACACACCUUCAGUGUCCUGUGGAAAUGAACAGUUUCUGGAAAACAGUUUUGAGAAAGUUAAACGGAGACUAGAUUUAGAUAUUGAUAGUUUGCAAAAAGAAAACUACCCAUAUGUCAUAACAACUGGAAUGGCUCACCUGGAAAGGCAACCUUUGUUGGAAAAAAGAUACCCCAAGGGAUCUGUCUGUGUGAACAAGAAUAGAAUGUUAGAAAACAGUUCAAAAGAAGGAGAGGAGAUACUAAAAAGCAAGAUACUAGCUUUUGAAGAAAUGCGGAAGAGGCUAGAAGAACAGCAUGCUCAGCAGUUAUCACUACUCAUUGCUGAACAGGAAAGGGAACAAGAAAGAUUGCAAAAGGAAAUAGAAGAACAGGAGAAAAUAUUAAAAGAUGCGAAGGCAAUUACAGUGGAAGCCUCUAAAUUGGACAAUAACAAUGCGGUGGACUUGGAAUGGAGAAAAAUAAGUGACUCUGAUUUGCUGGAAACAAUGCUGUCUCAAAUGGAUUCACUCCAUACUUCAAAUAGUUCUGGUUUCAUGAAUCCUGCCCUACAACAUAACUUUGAUUCUGCAGAUGAAUCACCAUUCUACCUCUGGGGAUCAUCAACUAGUAGCUUGACCAAAAUUUCAGUAAUAAGACCUUUUGGAAGGACCAAAAAUAAAUGGUCUCAGGUUUUCAGUCCAGAAGUACAAGCAAAAUUCAACAAAAUAAGUGCUGUGGCAAAAGGGUUUCUUACUCGUCGGCUUCUGCAGACAGAGAAGCUGAAGCAGCUGCGACAAACCGUAAAAGAUACUAUGGAGUUCAUAAGAACUUUUCAGUCAGAAGCACCAUUAAAGAGAGGAAUUGUUUCAGCUCAAGAUGCAUCUCUUCAAGAAAGAGUGUUAGCUCAGUUGCGAGCUGCCUUGUAUGGUAUUCAUGACAUAUUCUUUGUAAUGGAUGCAGCUGAAAGAAUGUCUAUUCUACAUCAUGAUCGAGAAGUUCAAAAAGAGAAAAUGCUAAGGCAAAUGGAUAAAGUGAAAAGCCCACGCGUGGCUCUUUCAGCUGCAACACAGAAAUCUCUUGACAGGAAGAAGUACAUGAAAGCUGCUGAAAUGGGAAUGCCGAAUAAGAAAAUUCUUGUUAAACAAAAUCCUUCUGAAACAAGAGUCCUUCAGCCAAACCAAGGACAGAAUGCACCUGUUCAAAGGUUACUGAAUAGACAAGGAACCCCUAAGACAUCAGUGAAGGGGGUUGUCCAAAAUAGACAGAAGUCUUCACAGAGCAGAAUGCCUAACAGAGCGCCUGUUUCAGGAGCAUAUGCAGGAAAAAUCCAAAGAAAGCGGCCAAAUGUUGCGACAAUUUAAGGAGACAACAUUCACUAGGAUAAAAAAAAGGGAAGGCUUAUUACCUAUAAUAUUUUCCCUACCCAAGACUUUUUGUUCACCCUAGACUCCCUUUACCCAGGAAAAUGAUGUCAAAGGGCUGACCAGUUAGUUAUCUGGAUAAUUUGAUCAGUCAGGCUAAUUCCUAACCUACACCCCCACAUUCUUCUUCAUAAUAGGUUUGGUGGAGACAUAUUAGUGCUUGGUGAUUGCAUUAUCUCUGUGCUUAACCUGUAC